GUAAAAUGUUAUGAUAGUGAUGAUAUACUCACUUCAUUCUUGCGUUAGACAUGUUUGAAUUAAACAGUAAAAAAGCGUUCAAAAUGUUGAUAUCUGCUUUAACUAUAAUGGGAACUAUCAUUUCUGUUAAAUCAUGGCCAUGUGCAUCACCAAUCAGAAAAGUGUACAGUCGUGAAAACUCUGAUGUUGUUCUUCGGUUUUCUGCUGACUUUUCAAAUCUAAAUUCACCUAGACUAUUUGAUAUAAAUUUUUAUGAUGAUAGUAUCAAGGCUCGUAUAACAUACAAUCCAGACAAGACCUCAACAACUGAUGCGUUACCAGGUGUCAGUAUAACAGGAGAUACUGCAGGAAAUGUUGUUGUUACACUGGCUAAUGUUCAACAAAGCAAUGCUGGAGUUUACACAUUGGCUUCUGCAGGAUUAUCUACCAAAUGUAAUUGUCUGUACAUAUUAGGAACACCAAGAAAGCCUACAGUAACAGUAAAUAAAACACCAUCAGUAGGGGAGAGUGUAACAUUAACAUGUAGCAGUACAUCAACAACCAUACCCAGUAACCACAGCCUCAGUCUGACAUACUCCUGGAGAGUUGACAACACAGACAAUCCAGGUGGCGCCAAAUAUACAUACACUCCUAGUAAGGAUAAACUUACUGUAAACAACAUUGAAAAGGAAGAUGCCAAUAAACAGUUUACAUGUACAGCUACAGAAGAUGUCACUGGUGGAUAUACAUCUAGUAGAAGUGAUACAUCCUCAUUUGAUGUUUAUUAUGGUCCAGAUAAUGUUGCGUUUAGUCCAAGUGAUACAAGCUAUGAGAAAGAUGAAAAUGAAAGUCUUAAUCAAGUGACUUGUUCAGCAUCAUGUUAUCCUACAUGCAGUUUUACGUGGACCAAAACAGAAACAGGAAGAAUUGUUAGUAACUCAGCUUUAUUAAACCUUGGGAGGCUUCAGAGUUCAGAUGCUGGAACAUACAGAUGUACUGCAACAAGGACCGGUGGUGAACCACAAAGCAAAGAUUUAACUGUGAAUGUUAUUUGUAAGUAUUGAUAUGCGUAGCUAAAA